CCAGUCUUCGGAUUCUGCACCCACCCAAAACGGCCGGCCGUUUGGUCCGCCAUGGCGGCGAAGGCGGCGAGUGAAAUGCUCGCGCCGGUGGACCUGCCGCCGGUGAAGCUGGGAGUGAAGCAAGACUUCAGAUCCAUCGCGGGCAUGGGCGUGAACUUCCCAGGUGGCGACGUCAUGUAUCAAAGCCUCUGGCGGAAGAAUGGCGGGGAUCUGAACCUUUGGCCAAAGGAGGAGCGCUAUUACAAAGGCCCUCGCCUGGGGGAAUAUGCGCGGCCCAUCAUCAUGAAUCGCAACGUGCUGGGCUAUUUGAACCAGGCCCCGGUGCCUCUGAGCGCGGCGGAGGACGAGCUGUCGCUGGUGGCAGAGGCCUCGGGAGGCGCCCGGCGCGCCAAGGCCCACGCGCUCUACGCGCAGCAGGCGGCGGAGAAGGCCCGAGCCUUCUACAAGCUUGCCAAGGCGAGAGCACGUGCGCUGUUUCUGCCAGACCCCCCCAUCUCAGUGAAGCCCACCGCUGACGUGUAUCCCAUGUACUCGGCGGGGCCUACGAGGCUGAUGGAAUUUCAGGCGCUGGCCCUGGUUCCACGACGCGAGGCUGAAAGUGCGCGUCACGCGACGUCAGCAAGCCUUGCGCUGCAGUUUCUGUGAGUCUCAAGUUGGCCCUUAAGCAUGGUUGUUGUUGG